AUGGACGCGGCGGAGUGGUACAAAGAACUCCCUGUCAUCACAAGGGGCUACGUCUCCCUCUGUGUUGCGACCACAGCGGCAUGUGCCCUCGAGGUCAUCACCCCCUUCAACAUAUACUACAACACACGGCUCAUAUACCAGAAUCAUGAGUACUGGAGGCUGGUCACCAACUUUUUCUACUACGGCAAUCUGAGCUUGGAUUUCUUCUUCCACAUGUUCUUCCUGACCAAGUACAGCAAGUCCCUGGAGGAGGACUCGUUCCGCCGGCGCUCUGCCGACUUCCUCUGGAUGCUGCUCUUCGGCGCCGGCGUCCUGGUCACAGUGGCCCCCUUGGUCAACCUCCAGUUCUUGGGCUCCAGCCUCACCUUCAUGAUGGUGUAUGUUUGGGGCCGGCGCCACCAGUACGUCCAGCUGAGCAUGAUGGGCCUGUUCAACUUCACGGCGCCCUACCUGCCCUGGGUGCUGCUGGCAUUCUCCGUGAUGCUGGGCAACUCGCCGCUGGUGGACCUGCUGGGCAUGAUGGCAGGGCACGCCUACUACUUCCUGGAGGACGUGUACCCUCGGAUGUCCGGCGGACGGCGGCCACUUCGCACGCCAGGGAUCCUGCGUGCCCUGUUCCCUGCCAACCAGGUCAUCCCUGCUGCAGCGGUGCAACAGCCUCCAGCUGCGGCCGGACCAGAGGGCUAG